UGAAUUAAGAAGCGAGAAAGAUGGAGCUCGGUACACUCCUCGCCCAGCCCGGGCUCUGGACCAGGGACACCAGCUGGGCACUCCUCUAUUUCCUCUGCUACGUCCUCCCUCAGACCGCCCCGCAAGUACUCAGGAUCGGAGGGAUUUUUGAAACAGUGGAAAAUGAGCCUGUUAAUGUUGAAGAAUUAGCUUUCAAGUUUGCAGUCACCAGCAUUAACAGAAACCGAACCCUGAUGCCUAACACCACAUUAACCUAUGACAUCCAGAGAAUUAACCUUUUUGAUAGUUUUGAAGCCUCACGGAGAGCAUGUGACCAGCUGGCUCUUGGCGUGGCUGCGCUCUUUGGCCCUUCCCAUAGCUCCUCCGUCAGUGCCGUGCAGUCUAUUUGCAAUGCUCUCGAAGUUCCGCACAUACAGACCCGCUGGAAACACCCCUCAGUGGACAACAAAGAUUUGUUUUACAUCAACCUUUACCCAGAUUAUGCAGCUAUCAGCAGGGCGAUCCUGGAUCUGGUCCUCUACUACAACUGGAAAACAGUGACUGUGGUGUAUGAAGACAGCACAGGUCUAAUUCGUCUACAAGAGCUCAUCAAAGCUCCCUCCAGAUAUAAUAUUAAAAUCAAAAUCCGCCAGCUGCCUUCUGGGAAUAAAGAUGCCAAGCCUCUACUCAAGGAGAUGAAGAAAGGCAAGGAGUUCUAUGUGAUAUUUGAUUGUUCACAUGAAACAGCUGCUGAAAUCCUCAAGCAGAUUCUGUUCAUGGGCAUGAUGACUGAAUACUAUCACUACUUUUUCACAACUCUGGACUUAUUUGCUUUAGACCUGGAACUCUAUAGGUACAGCGGAGUAAACAUGACCGGGUUUCGGCUCCUUAACAUCGACAACCCUCACGUGUCAUCCAUCAUUGAGAAGUGGUCCAUGGAGAGACUGCAGGCCCCACCCAGGCCCGAGACUGGCCUUUUGGAUGGCAUGAUGACAACCGAAGCAGCUCUGAUGUACGAUGCUGUGUACAUGGUGGCCAUUGCCUCGCACCGGGCAUCCCAGCUGACCGUCAGCUCCCUUCAGUGCCAUCGACACAAGCCAUGGCGCCUUGGACCCAGGUUUAUGAAACUGAUCAAAGAGGCUAGGUGGGAUGGCUUGACUGGGCGUAUCACCUUCAAUAAAACCAAUGGCUUGAGGAAGGAUUUUGAUCUGGACAUUAUUAGCCUCAAAGAGGAAGGAACUGAAAAGGCUGCUGGCGAAGUGUCUAAACACUUGUAUAAAGUGUGGAAGAAGAUUGGGAUUUGGAAUUCCAACAGUGGGCUUAACAUGACGGACAGCAACAAAGACAAGUCCAGCAAUAUCACUGACUCACUGGCCAACCGAACACUCAUUGUCACCACCAUUCUGGAAGAACCCUAUGUUAUGUACAGGAAAUCUGAUAAGCCUCUAUAUGGAAAUGAUCGAUUUGAAGGAUAUUGCCUGGACCUGUUGAAAGAAUUGUCAAACAUCCUGGGUUUCAUUUAUGAUGUUAAACUAGUUCCCGAUGGCAAAUAUGGGGCCCAGAAUGACAAAGGAGAGUGGAACGGGAUGGUUAAAGAACUCAUAGAUCACAGGGCUGACCUGGCAGUGGCUCCUCUUACCAUCACCUAUGUGCGGGAGAAAGUCAUUGACUUCUCCAAACCCUUCAUGACCCUAGGCAUCAGCAUUCUCUAUCGGAAGCCCAAUGGUACCAAUCCAGGCGUCUUCUCCUUUCUCAACCCCCUGUCUCCAGAUAUUUGGAUGUAUGUGCUCUUAGCCUGCUUGGGAGUCAGUUGUGUACUCUUUGUGAUUGCAAGGUUUACACCCUACGAGUGGUAUAACCCCCACCCAUGCAACCCUGACUCAGACGUGGUGGAAAACAAUUUUACUUUACUAAAUAGUUUCUGGUUUGGAGUUGGAGCUCUCAUGCAGCAAGGAUCAGAGCUGAUGCCCAAAGCUCUAUCGACCAGAAUAGUUGGAGGGAUAUGGUGGUUUUUCACCCUAAUCAUCAUUUCAUCCUACACUGCCAAUCUGGCUGCCUUCUUGACAGUAGAGAGAAUGGAAUCCCCCAUAGAUUCGGCAGAUGAUCUGGCAAAGCAAACCAAGAUAGAAUAUGGGGCCGUCAGAGAUGGAUCAACAAUGACCUUCUUCAAGAAAUCAAAAAUCUCUACCUAUGAGAAGAUGUGGGCUUUCAUGAGCAGCAGGCAGCAGACCGCCCUGGUAAGAAACAGUGACGAGGGCAUCCAGAGAGUGCUCACCACAGACUACGCGCUGCUGAUGGAGUCCACCAGCAUUGAGUAUGUGACGCAGAGAAACUGCAACCUCACUCAGAUCGGGGGCCUCAUUGACUCCAAAGGUUACGGAGUGGGAACGCCUAUUGGCUCUCCUUACCGGGAUAAAAUUACUAUUGCUAUACUUCAACUCCAAGAAGAAGGGAAGCUGCAUAUGAUGAAAGAGAAGUGGUGGCGUGGGAAUGGCUGCCCCGAGGAAGAUAACAAAGAAGCCAGUGCUCUGGGAGUGGAAAAUAUUGGGGGUAUCUUCAUUGUUCUGGCUGCCGGACUGGUCCUUUCUGUAUUUGUAGCUAUUGGAGAAUUCAUAUACAAAUCACGGAAGAAUAAUGAUAUUGAACAGGCUUUUUGUUUCUUUUAUGGACUGCAAUGUAAGCAAACCCAUCCAACCAACUCCACUUCUGGAACCACUUUAUCUACGGAUUUAGAAUGUGGCAAAUUAAUUCGAGAGGAGAGAGGGAUUCGGAAACAGUCCUCAGUUCAUACUGUGUAAUCAGUUAAAAAAAAAAAAGGUGUGCCCAGUAGAAAUUGUUUCUGCUAAUUGGUGUUAUUGAUAUUUGUAUUCGCUAAGCAUAAUAGCCACAAUUCUCUAUUCCUUUAGGAUAGCAAAACUCGUGUUCUAGACAUUGAAUUGAAUGCGCCAGAAAGAGACUUGCACUGUAUGUUGAAGCAGGGGCAUAUUAGGGGUAUACAGACUUCUAGAAAUGUGUAUUUACAGGAAUUGUCUCUGUCCCAACUAGUCAUCUUUGUUCCAUCUUCAUGCAUUAGAAAUAAGUAACUCUUUCUUCAUGAAAAAGGAAAUUUAGACUUUCAACAGUGCAAAGCAUGAAAACAAAAUGCAAAUUCUGCGGACUUCUUUUCAUCAUUGUGAACUUUGUUCCCUCCUCUUUCUUUCUCCCUGUCCCAUACAUUGUGUAGAUCUGCAUAUUUUCAAGCCACCUGAAACUCUUACCUUUUCAACAAUACAUAUAUAACUCCAUAACAAUGUUAAUUUUUUAAUUCAAAUUCGUGUCACAAUGUAAAAUGUAUUAUUUACCCAAAGACUCAAAAGUGUCUUAGAGUUUAGGGAUUCAAAAACCACAAUCCACAGAAAGAAAACUAAACUUGAAACCUCUGGUGUCACAGAACAGCACUACCUAAGUUGAACACCACUCUUGGAAACAGAACACAGUCAAGAAUAAUUCCCGGGCAGAAAUUCAUUAACCUCAAACUCUUAAAUAACAUUGACUUGUAGAGUUUAAUAGUCUUCUGUAGGUUCUGAGUCUUAAGGAAUAGUGAUAUUUUUCAGGCUAUAUAGUAUUUCUUCAAAGAUCCCAGUAAAGUCCUAAGCUAUGUACUAAUUCAUAGCAUCUUCUAUUUACCACUCACUUGCUCCCUCUCUUUGCAUUGAUGAGCAUCUUUCCACAAGAUGUUACUUCACUUCCUUCCCACUAACCCAAGAUAGAGUGGUUGUUCUUGGAGCAAUCUUCCCUGAACAUCACCACUUUCACAGUUGUUUCUUUGCAUCCAUCACCAUUAUUAAUUUAUUCCAUUAUCAAAGUAUUCUGGGGAAAACAGAAAGAGGGGAAAAAAUAAAGGAAAGAAUGUCCAUAGACAUUAGUUACAGAUCUCUGUAGAUUUAUUUUCCAUCUGGAUUCAAAGUGCUGUACAUAAUUCCCAUGCUAACUCAACCUGGCGAUGUGAAAAAAACCUGAUUGCACAUUUAAUUUAUUGUGACAGAGAAUAUCUGAUGAUUUCUCUAGGCUCAUUUUCCCUCCCGAGUGAAUAGGAAAAUUGAAGAUGUGCUUCAUCUUUUCUCAAUAUGGGAUCAGUUGGUCUUUAUUCUUUUCUUAAUGGGAUUACCUUUUGACACAUCAAGCGAUCCCCUAAAGCCCAUUCCUUGAAGUAGAAAUAGGCCAUCUGUGCAAUCAUAUAGCAUUUUACCAUCUCUUUGCUUAGCUUUAAAUGGCUCUGAAUUUUGGAAACCACAGACCUUUCCAAUCAAUUGUGUACUUCUUUAGUAAAGCAUAUUCAGGAAAGUUGACUUUUGUCCUGAUUGUUUCUCAGCCUUGCUUCCUUCUUUAAAGAACUGUACUCAGAAGAAAAUAUCAUAAAUUAUACUAACAAUGUUUUGUUGUUACUAAACUAGAAGCAACAUAUUAUUUGUCCCAAGUCAGAGUUCGCAUUUUCAUAAUCAAAAGAAUCAGAUGUUGGGAUGAAUAUGACAUUAUUCUUAGCUUCAUAUUUCAUGGAUUCAGUAUCUAGAAACCACAAAUUUUGUAAGUUUACUUUUCCAAAGACAAUUUAAUAAACCAAAAAUGCUACCAAAAGAGUUCAAAUGUGAUUGAUGAAAGAUAGACCAUCAGAAUUAAUAAUAACAGACAAAACUUAACUUCCUGCAGAGACUAUUAUUUAAAAGUGUAAUUCAGAGAUUUGAGUAAAGAAAUUGUCUCUUUCAAAAAUUAAUAUUUGUAUACCACUUUAGAUUGUAUAGUACCUAAUUCUGAUACUUCUAUAGUAUUUUAUAGUUUUCAAAAUGUUUUCACAUGUAACAUUACAUUUGAUCUUUUCAACAAUUUAAAUUUAGCUUUACUAUCAGUCAUUGGCCUGCAGUUAUAGAUUUUAGAAGCAGAAGAAAAUAUUCUAAAACAGCCAAACUUAGAUUCAAGUUCCAGUUGAAUCAAGAGCCACACACUGAAUAACUGUAUGCAGGUUACCAAAUUUCUCAGUCUUGAUUUCCUAAAAUAUAACAGUGGGACAAAAUUUCUAGAAUAUAAAGUUUUGUACAGGUGUUUUUCAAAAUGGGUUAAAUUGGCAAAUGUUUCUCAAAUAAAAUUUUUAUAGUUAAGUAACCCAUGGAGCGUCACUCUAAGUGUUCCUUUACUACAUGCUAUCUCAGUGUGCUUCACAAGUUUUCAUUCAUUGAGAAUUUUCAACAAAGCAGAAAGUAUUCAGCGCUUCUCAAGCCAAUUAGAUUGCAGAUUUUUUCCCCCACAACAUCUUGACAGAACAGGGUUCCACAGAUCAUCCUCAAGGGAACACAGGCAUGAUCAUGUGAAUCUCAUCCCGUAAGAGUGUACAAAACAUCUUGCAUUGCGCUUGACACAUAGUAGCACUCAAUAAAUAAUUGUGUAUACUUUGGAGUAAACUUCUAAGCCUCAAAUUUCUUACUUGUAAAAUGAAGGUAAUAUGGCCUUUAUACAAUUACUAUGACAAUUAAAUGAAAUCAUGGCAUAGAAAAUGAGCUUAUUAAUAUUAUUAUUAUAUUAUAUUAAUAUAGAUCAGUUAAGAACUGUUGGUACCUUCUGGAGAAACUAAGUAUUGCUCUGGUCACAUGGGCAGUAACUAAAAUUUAUCAAGCAUCUUAAAUUGCAAUCUAGUUUUAAAAAUUCAUUUUCUAAUUUAGAGGCUCAAACUCUAAGAGCAGUUUUUUCUGGUAGAAGCCUUAUAAAUUAAUGGCAGAGGUCAUUGCACUCAGAAGAAAGACCCAAAUUGGUAUUAUUUGAAGAUCUAUAUUGGAAGUUCUGGACCUCGGCUCUAGAAAUUCUAAUUUAAUUGUCUAGUAUUGUGGCAUGACAAUGGUAAUUUUUUCAGAUGCCCAGUUGAUUUUAAUGUGCUGGAAGAGGUGCAAACCAAUAAGCUAAAGUAUAAUCUUAUGUAUGUAAUUAGAACUCAAUAGAUGAUUGCUGUUGAUUGCUUGAUUGAUUGCAGAGGUAGAGCCACUAAUUCUAUGCAAUAUAUAUAACACAUGUUUGGCAUUCAAUCUGAUAGAGCCUAUCCUCUGAGAAUUCAGGGAAAAAUGCACAUCUUUAAGAUGGAAAUUUUAUGAUAUUCAAUUGAUAAUCUUUAUGAUUAGUUGUAAAACUAUAGAACUAGACCAACUCAGAAUUAUCAAGUAGACAGUUUAUUGCUCUCUCUGUGCCUUUUCCUCUCUGGAGAAACCUUCAUUCAUCUCAAGUACUUUGUUUCUUCACACUCUUCUCUCUCUCUCUUUUUUUGAGAUGGAGUCUUUCUCUGUCACCCACACUAGAGUGCCAUGGCGCCAUCUUGGCUCACUGCAACCUCUGCCUCCUGGGUUCAAGCAAUUCUCCUGCCUCAGCCUCCCGAAUAGCUGGGAUUACAUAUGUGCACCACCAUGUCAGGCUAAUUUUUGUAUUUUUAGUAGAGACGUAGAGAUGGGGGUUUCACCAUGUUGGCCAGGCUGGUCUCGAACUCCUGACCUCAAGUGAUCUGCCCACCUCGGCCUCCCAAAGUGCUGGGAUUACAGGCAUGAGCCUCUGUUCCCAGCCCACAUUCUUCUCUUUCUCCUUUUAUACUGGUUCUCAACCAGUUCUUGCCAUCGUGUCAAUGGAUGCUAAGAUCACAGUGACCCUACUAGGAACCACUGCAUUUCAAGUGAACUAUGGAACAAAAGACUUAAGUGUGAAAAAGAAAAACACCUUUCAAGCUUUAUGUUUACAUCAUUAGUUCUCAUACUUUGGUGUAAAUCAGAACCACUGAGGGAAGUUUUCCAAACUACCAUUUACAGGCUCUACCCCAGACAUUUCUCCUUAGUAGGAAGAGUCCAGGAAGCUGCAUUUACAAUGAAGCUUGAAAGUGAAUGCCAAAACUAUUAUAUACAUUAGUUUUCAUAAAAAUUAGCUAGAACAUAGCAGUUUUUUCCCAAAUUAAGUCACGUACAUGACUCUUUCUUAAAAGGAUCUCCAAUACAGGGGUUUGGGUUUUUAUAAAAUAGCUUUUCUUACAUAUUCUUUUCCAACAAUCCUGACUAUAGUUGCAUUAUUUAAAAGUAGAUAGUAAACAGGAAUUUCUAUUAAAACUAGCUUGAAUAUAGCAGUUUUACUAGUUUAAUUUCAGAUUAACUGUUGAGCAUGAGUUAUUGUUAAAUAAUAACAGGUUGUCUACAGAUUAUACUUUGGAAAAUAUUGUUUAAGCUUAGGAGAGAGCACAGAGGGAUUAAAAGUUUGAACAAGUGGCCAGGAGUGGUGGCUCACACUUGUAAGCUCAGGAGUUCAAGACCAGCCUGAACAACAUGGUGGGCCCUCAUCUCUGUAAAUCAAUCAAUAAACAAACAAACAAGAUUGAACAAAUGUAUCGACAGCAAUGAAACAUAGUGUGGUCUGAUUUGUUUCCUAAUAAAUUUGCCUCAAACCUAAUGAUAUAAGGGGAAAAAAUUAAGCUUUCUAUUUAUUUUAGACUAAAAUUAUAAAUUAAAUUAUUUUACAGAGUUUUUCUAGCAAAAUUAGAACUAUUUAAGGAAUACAUCAUGGGUAGGAAUCUUGCCAUUGGAAAAAUCAGCUCAAUCAUAUGAUUAUAAACCUAUCCAAGAGAAAUUAUUUCCAAAUACCUCACUGCAUUUGACUAGCAUUAUAUUAUAUUCUGUAUGAGCCAUCUGUAGCAAUGCAGUACUAUAAUGAAUCCCAAUUAGUCUGCAAGCACAUGACCCUUUCACCUCAAGGUCUAUUUCCUAGUAAGCAGUUUAGAAAGUGUCUGAACAGCCUUUAACAACAAAAGGAAAGCAAAGGAUUCUUACUUAUUAGACUAUUUGCUGAACAUCUAACAGUGCCAAAUGGCAUUAUUAAUUAACUCUUGUAGAUUAUUAAAAAAAGAAAUUCUGCUCGAUGCUGCAGUUUUAACUAGCCUUUAGGAACCAUCUCAUUAUACUUCUCACAGUUAUGGAAUUUUAUGUCCAUAUGCGCAAGCAUAUUAAAAACAUUUUUGCUUUCAAAAUUCUCCCUACAGAGGCCGGUAUUACAGAGAAUGGGGUUCUACCUUAAAUUUUCAAAGAAUUCCUAUUUGCAAAGAUAUAAGCAUUCUUGUGAUAGAAAGACAACAUUACAAAUGCAGCGUGUGAAUGUGAAACCCUAGAGAAUGUGACCUUUAUUGUUGUCAGCCCAAAUACGGCCAAUGGCCCAAAGUACACAACAAUAUGUGUCCAUGUUGCAAUGUGUACAUCCAGAUAGACACAAAAAUGAGUAAGACCUGGAUGAGGGAAUGAAGUCACUGUAUUCCCUCUAGCAACUAAAAUAUUUUAAUUUAACUUGACCAGAAUUGCUUUCUCCCCAGUUUUUCAACUGAAUGGAGGAUUUAGACCUAAAAUAUUCAAAUAUUCUGAUUUUUCAAUCUCAAACACGAAAGUGGUCCUAAUCAGUUUGUCUUGACCAGCCACAAGAACUGAGAAAUUACUGUCUUUUGAUAGCCCACUCCACCUUGGUAUUUAUCUUUCCUCAGUGUUCUUUGGCACCAUUAUCAGAUGCUUCCAAGCAUCUUCAGUUCUACCUCUCCUGUAGUCUGAUCAAUUUAUUUAGCAAGUGAUUUCCGAAAGUCUCUUUAAUUAGGUUAUUUUUGUAAUCGUGUGAAGAGGUUUCCUUUGCCUGGAAACUCAAAUAUUAAUUAAUUAUUAGAAAAGCCAGGAUGCAAUUAACAUCAGCAUAGAAAUAACGUUUCUAAUGUACAAGUUAUGCUGUCUAUCAACAAAGCAAACUCUGAACGAUGGGCAUGACCCCUAGACAGGUGACUUCGGAAUCACAUGCCAAGAACUCAGGGCUCCACACUGGUGCUAAAGGGCCAUGUGUCUUUGGGCAAGUCAUUUUCCUUCCCUCAACCUCAGUUUCUUCAUCUGUGGAAUGAGGAGAUCGUAUUUGAAGUUCUCUUCCAACCGCAAUAUUGUUUGAAUCUGGCAGAAAAAUGGGAAGGAAAUAAAACCACGGAAGCAGUGAUAAAAAGAGAUUUUUGUUUCUAUAUUUCUUCAUAUGGUUAUGUCUCUCUCUUGGACACAUGAAGUUCUUAUUUAUGUCAGAAUGACUAUGCCCUGCCAGUACUUCAAGGCAGAAAGUCCUGUCUUGGAUAUAGAGAAAAUGGCCCCAUGAGCCAUCACGACGUCAAGAAGCAAGAAGGUUCCCAUCCAAUGAAUCAUAAGCAAAUCAUUACAGACACAGUGAAGUUUACAGAAGUAGAAUAGUUCUUGACCUUGAUGAGCCUGCAGACCAGGUAAAAUAAAACAAAAAGGAGACAGGUACCUACGAAGCCAUUUGAAGCUGUAGAAAUGAAUACACAUUCACAAAUCACAAAAGAGGAUGACAAAUGGGACGGGACCACAUAGGAAGACUCUAUUCUGCAAGUAACUUAGUAUUUCUUCUAAAAACAAACAAGGAGAAAUAAAGAAAGAGGACAGCAUGCAUUUAUAUUCUACUGGUUUUAUCCCUACCCUUCUUUCUACCAUCAACUAUGGGAAUUUUAUAUGAAUUGCUCCCAAACUGAAAUGAGUUAAACUCUUAGCUUUUGAGAUGUUAAGUAGUCCUUGCAGAUUUGUGGCACAGAGGAAGGUCUUGAAAACCAUAGUUUUUAAUUGCAAGAUCCAGAUGUUUCAUUGAAUAUGUAAGUUGUUGUAAUUCAAAAAAUUUAUCUAUAAUUGGCAAGAGCCAAAACCCAAAAGGCUAACAUUGGAGAAAUUGACAUGAUGAUGUUUUAAUACCUUACUUUCCUACCAUGAACAGAUUCUGACCACUAGGAAAGAGAGAAUUGGAGGAAAGUCACAAAGGUUAGAUACUACCUUAAUCUAUGAGAGGAGGCUAUUCCUCAGCCAAUGACCGUCUCUGAACCAAGUUCACACUUGGGAGGAUGCAGGAGAAUAGAAACCACAGAAAACUUAAAAGGGAAUCCUGGAAAGAAAAUGCCAUUUUUUUCCUUCACAGGGUCAAGGUCCAGGAGGUGGUAAGACCUGUAGAGAUAUUUUAUAUCCAACAGUCUCCUGAAAGGCAGAAUAACAUGUGGGCAGUGAAGCUAUGGAAUGCUUCAUAGAAUCUUCCUCAAUCUCAGAGAAUGCCAGGGAAAAUAGCCAAACAUUCAUGGCUCUUCUCAGCCAAGAGGCAUGUAGAAGGGCUAAGAGAACCAGUGCACUGGAAGACUUGGUAUUAGAGCAGAAAAGACAGAGUGUGUGGAUGCGACAUGGCGACCAUGGUCAUCUGAGAGGGCACAGCAGAAAUAGUGAUCAGUGUUCACGACCUAGUAGGAUGUCACAUCCCAUGGAAGCCAAAAGGACAGAGGGUAGCCUUGGACUAGCUGAUCCUGGGCCCUCUAGACACCUCUUUUUAUCCCAGAUGACCCUAGGAAAAAAGAAAAGAGAGAACGAAGGUAGGGGGAGGUUUGCAUUAACAGAGACAUUAACCAAAAGAAAGCAUUUUAAACCAAAAGUGAAUUGUCUUGAGUUGAUAAGACCCACUAGCAAAAGGGGAACCUCUAAGCUAAGGUGAAUUCUGUUUUUUUUUUUUAAGUAGUAUCACAUAAUUUGUUUGCAUAUCCAAGCUUGUAGCUUGAGAAAAAUGCAUUCCCACUACCACGGGCAUAAUCUGGUACCCUGAAAACUCUGUAUGUAGUGCAUACGUGCACUGUGGACAACUAACACCCAACAUCACAGGCAGUUUAGCUGAAAGGCAGGGCCAUUUCCCUGUAGAGAAAGGGCAUGCAAAGAAUUUCUUGGAAGUUUAUUUUAUGGCCCUAAUUUAGCCUCUGAAAUGAGAAAAAGGAAAAAAAAAAAAAAAGACCAAGCCCUCACUAAGAGGUGAGGGAAAGUCAACCCACACAGAAUCCUCUCAGGUCUUCAGUGCAGGAAGCCAGAGUAAGACCAGAGGGCCAAGGCACAAAGCCACAUUGGCCUCUGACAGUGACUCUAGAGAGGAGAACUGCACCGUGUAGUUUGGUUGGAAGCACAAACCCACAUUCCUGCCACUUUUAGCAAGGAGAGUUGUUUAUUUCCAGGUAUACAAGGCCCACUGGAAGCUUCUCACUGUAGGACUCUCUCUCUGCUCUUGGUUAUGGCACUGGGUGGGCCACGUUUUAUGCUCCGUUUUAUACUGUCAGCCAUUUGUGUGUCCUUUCUAGGGCAGGAAAAUGUUUUAGCUGCUCUGGCGCAUCCUUGGGAGGCCAUGGGAGUCUCAGGACAGUGUCAGGUUGGCCUGAUGGCGUACCCUGCUGACACUUCUCUGCUCCAUUAACUGCCUCGUCCAAGAGCCUGAGACAGAGACUGGGCUGUGAUUACCCUGUAUUCCCAGGUCCCCAUGCCUAUCAGGCUGCCUUUCUUAUCCCACCACAUGGGAGUUUGCCCCGGAGAAGGCAGAGGAGGUGUCCCUCCUCAUGUCUCCCUCAGCAUCUAGACUCUGGUCAAGAUUCUCACAUCACCUGGUUGAACUUUUCUCCUUGAGAGCAGCUGCAGACAGCCCUUUCUUUACAUUCCAUCCUCAGUCUAUAGGCCAAGUCCUGAAGGCUCAGGAUAUUUGAUAUUUAACGUCAAACUUUUACAAUUCAAAGUGUCUGCGUUUUCCUUGUUUCAAACACCUGACUGUUGUAAUUAAUAGCUUCAAAGAUGCUGCGUCUUCUAUAGAUUCACAAAAGUCCAUUUAAAAGCUCAAAGCUCCAAAUUUGAGUCUUUUUUCUUUCUACAUCAUCCCUAUCCUGAAGGUAAUGCAUAUAAAAGCCCUUGCUAUAACUUGAAAAGUGAGAAUAAGGUCUGGGAUUCAGAAGAAUUGGAAAAAAGCACACAGAUGAAUAUCAAAAUAUUUCAUUGCCUCAAUGUUAACCCCACUUUUCAAAGUUUUCCAUGACUUUAUCCCUAAUGUUAUAGGAGGAUGAACUUACACACCCCCUACUUGUCAGGAAUUUGCAGUGGAUAGCCCCAGGUGACACCCCGUGUGCAAAACUUUUUAAGAACCGCCAUGGCACGUGUAUAGCUAUGUAACAAACCAGCACAUUCUGCACGUGUACCCCAGAAUCUAUAGGGAUUAUGCAUGCCAUUUCACAAUAUAGUAUUUAUUUUAUUGAGAGAAUAGGGUUUCUAAAUGAAAUCUUUAAAGAUGAACAACAGGAGGAACACUUAUGUAUCUAACGUCGUGGAGAAACUCUGUGUCCCUCGUCAAUAUAUUUUUACGGUUUGAGGAGCUCAGAUAGGAGAACAAGGAAUUCUAGGGCAUGCAUUCGUGCAAACAGAGAAACUUAAACCUAAGAUGUGAGAUGGUAAAGGUGUUGGCAUCUGGUCCCAGGUGUGGGAACAAAGAUGAAACAGAGCAGAAGAGAAAACAUGGAGGUAAUGAAAGCAUGACAUUAACAGACACAGGGAAAAGGAGUUCAUGAAGUCUACAUGCUAUAGCCAAGGGAAGGGAAGACAGGCUUUCGAGACUGAUUUCCUAGCAGGGACCAGUUUAAAGCAUUAAAGGGGCAAGAAAAUGGGCCAGGCAAGACAUGGCUGCUGGGUUAUGAGCAGGGAUUAGGAUGGGAGACCACACUUGGAAGUUUUACUUCAGUGUCUAGAUUUCCUUUGCCCCAAAAUUCUUUUCACAGGCCCAAGAAAGGAGAAUCAGCUUUCUCAUUAGCUCUUAGGCACGAAGUAACAUAACCACUAUUCUGGAAGCUAAUAUAGUGAUCAACACUCAACCUCUAGGAUUCACUUUUUUUAAAUUCCAAGGAUAGGUGCAUAAAAGAUGGUCCACAAGUUGUGAAUGAGCCCAGAAAAUAGAUCAAACCAUAGGAAAUUGUGCCCAAAUCCUCAGUUCUGGAUUGCAAAAUCUUCCCACAAGAAUGGUGUACACAAAACUACUCCAAACACCUCCCUCCAACUGCCUUCGCAUAAUAGUGGGAGAUGAUGAAAGCCUGAACUCUGCUCUUAGGUCAUUAAGUAUCUUGGAAAGGAAUGAAACCAGACUGCACAAGUCUCUACUUAGCAAAUGCCUAAAUAGGAUUACUCUGUUCCUAUUCCUUAAAGAGUUUCCUGAGUGUAUCCUCAACCAUCAUAGGUUUGCUCCUAUACUAGAGCUUAAAAUUUAAAAAAAAAAUGUUAAGGAAGUGAAGUCUUAGUCCUUCAUUUUAAAAAAAUAAUCAUUGAGACACUGGUUCCACAGAACUACAGCAGGAAUUUGACUAAGACAAAAAAAAAAAAUGGUAACAAUAAUCCCAGCCAAAGUUCCCAGCUCUGUGGAAUCCUAUAGGGAGAUGAGUAUUUUUAGAGGAACCGAGGGAAAGGAUAAUGGUAGCUUUAGCUUGAAUCUUGAAGCUGUCACAAGAGAAAAUAACAGUGUUGGUAAUUUCUCCUUCCUGUUUAAGCACUUCAGUAAAGUGCCUUCCCUUAAAUUAAACUGGGAAGUUAAAAAAAAAAAAAGAAAAAGAAAAAGAAAAAACAAUAAUCCCAGUAUUUUUCAGAAAACUAUUUCUUUAAUAUUGUACAUUUUACUGAAACUAUAUUUAUAAAAAUACUUCAAAUCAUAGCUUGCUUUCAAGUUAUUGUAGGUCUAUACAUAAAAUGCAAGAUUUUAAUCUCUACAAUGACAAUAGUAUUACCUACAUCCUUUUUCUUCCAUGUGUAAUGUGAAAAUUUAUCAGAUUGUGUCACAGAGCUCUUCAAGUGCCUUUGAAUAAGAAGCCUAUUAAAGAGAGAAACCCAUAUAAAAUGUAAGAUUUGUAUUGUACUAUUGGCUAGGCCAGAGCGUCUGAAAAAUAAUUCCUCAGAAAAAUCCUUAAGGAUGUAAGCAUCCAAAGUAGUUCUCUUAAAUGUUUACCUAUACCUCCUAUACCUACCAAUGAAUGAAAGUAGUGAAUGUAUAAAUGCUAAAUCUACAAUGAGAAAUCAAUCUGACAUUCACAAUCUGAUGUCAAGUUUGCAACCAGUGUGAAAGCCAAUUCCAAACAGUCUAGGUUUUUUUUUUAAUUCUACAAAUUCAAAUCCAAUUCUAACCUAGAGCUUUUACUGUAACUUAAGAAAAAAAAAAAUUGUUCCCCUGAAUCAUUUUUCAUGAGGCGGGGUAUUUUAGGUACAAAACAAAAACAAUUUUAUUAGUCCUUCUCAUCCCUUCCAGGGUAAAAUUCGCAACAGAAGGAUAAAGUUGUAAAGAGAAGAUAUAGUUUAUAUUCAGGCUCACACGAGCAUCAAGAAAUUAAACAUUUGAGGUUAAUUCAAAGGCUGUGCCAUGAAGUCAGCAAGUAAAAAAGAAAUAAACCAAAGGGGGCGAUAAAAGAAAGCAAAGAAGGCAGAAUAGGGAAGAAAAGGGGCUCCUCAGGGACACACCACAAGCUGCAAGGAAUCAGAGAAGAGGAGUAACUUUCUGCAAAACUGAAAUAAACAAGCAAAUCUCUCUCCUUCUAAAACCAUGAGUUUUAGUUGAAGUUUCUAUUGCAAUCUCUACUAAGCUAACUUGUGUUUCUCCAUUUCCUUUCCUCUGAAAGAAAGGUCUCUCUCUCUCUCUCUCUCUCUCUCUCUCUCUCUCUCUCUCACACACACACACACACAGACACACACACUCUCCACGUUAUUUUUGGAUAGUGUCAGGCACAGCAUAAACGGCAAGAAUGUACUUUAUUACUAUAAAUUCAUUUGUAAAUGAAUUUUCCUAUCAGACAUCAUUGUAAAGAUUCAUUGUAUUAAUAGAUGGUUCAUAAGCACAGAGAUGCAAUUUUUUCAAUGGCCAGGGAUUGCUGUUAGCUUUCAUUUCCUUCUGAUCUUGGAGUUCCUAUGUAUAGAGCGCAAGACAAGCAGUCAUACUGCCUGUAACUACUCAGACAAAGAAACAUGUUAUGGACCGGGCGAAAGAAGUGGUAACAGGCACUGAAAAUUUAUGUUUUAAACACGUAUGGGAACUAUUUUAACUAAAACACUAGUACAAGCAACUCAAAGCAAUUGCUGCGCAGACGUGCAUCAGGUUACUCAAAUUAAAACAGCGUCAACCUUUGCAUUGUAUCUCUCCCAUGAAAAAAAAGUCAGUGAGUGGCAUAGAGUUAAAAUAUAUACUAUGGUAUAUAAAAUGUUAAAGAAAGAGCAUACUUAAAAUAUGCCAGCCAUUGGACUGUUUUACAUAUAACAUUUUAUUGAAUUCUCAUAAUAGCUCUAUGAAAAGGAUUUUACUAUUGUCCCAUUUUAUAGAUAAGGAAACUGAGUCCAAGAGAAAAUAAACGCCUUGCUCAGUGUAACUCAGCUAGUAGGAAUUAUAGCUGAAAUUAAAACUUCUCAUUCUGAUACCAGGCACCAAUUCCAAACUGUAAUUAAAAGUCACAUGUAGAUUUAUUAAAAUUGUGAACUCCAUCAUAUUUUUAAUCCAGGCCCCAGAUCCAGGCUACUGGGGGGCUCUCCAGUCUGCAAAGUACCGGGAAACACUACCUGAGUAUCCCGCUUCCACCUGCACUACAUUGAAUAAGGCACUUAGUUGAAUGUCAUCACGUUUGAUCGUUUCUCAUGAGAUUAGGGUUUAGGAAUUUAAGCCAACAUGCUUUAAAAUAAUAUUUCUAUGGCUCUGUGAAUAUGAAAAACCCCAGCCAACAAAUAGAACUUUUAGAAAGCUACUGUCAUAUUGGUCCCAGUUUAGAAGCUCAAUCUUUAUAUGUAUCUUUAACUCCGAGAUUAUAAAAGGCAAAUUAAUUAAUGCAUAUGAGCCCCUCCCAAGCCACUCUGUGCUGAGAGAUGACCUUCACAGUUUCAUUUCCUGUAGAUCCAAGAAUGUGUGCUUUACUCAAGCUCAUGUAUGGGAGAGGCCUUAAAGGUCACCUUUUCUUGUGACUAUAGAAAAAACUUGGAGGCAGAAAGGUCAGCCCCAAUAUCUUUCCGUUUUCUUUUUGACAGUCAGAGACAAAGUGAGAAUCAAAAAGAAAUCAUUGUUUGCGACCAAAGACCAAGAAAGCAGACCACUGAUAAAACUAUAUUUAUAUUUGCUCUCACAUGAGCAGCAAGAAAUAAAUAUUUGGAGUUAGUCAAGAGUAAAGAUGUUUGCUGUACUUUAACGCAGUCUAAAAUCUGGGGAUGGAUUUCCUUUUUAAAAAACAUGAAGUUAAUUGAAACAUAUUGUCUAGAUAAGAUCUAUGACCACUCCUCUACCCAAAAUAGGGAAAAGAGGUUUCAAUGAGACCUUCCUCCUUGUGUGUCAUGUGUAAGCCACACUAGGAGAUUCAUUUUGGCAAUUUCAAUGUAAAAUGAAAUGAAAUGCCUAAAAUCAAAUGCUUGCAAGUUCAAGUAAAGCAGAAAGAUUGGAAUUUCUUAACAUAAUAGUUUUUGGAAAAAUGAUUCACAAAAGUUAUCCAUAGUGAUAAAAUAUUUUAAAUUAAGACUCAAUGUGUAGAUGAUUUCUAGUGAAAGCAUUGGGUUUGGACAGUCCAGAUAUACUGGGUUCAAAUGUAGGCUUUUUGUCUUGGGUAAGUUACUCGAUAUCUGCAAUAGUAAAUUUCCCCAUCUAUAAAAAGGGUAUAAUAUGUAAUAAAAUUUGCAAAUUUCUUGACAGUCUUCUUUCUUCCUUCCAUUCCUUCCAUUUUAAUGCCAAAAAUAUUUCUUCCAUUGAAAUAUAUUUCUAAGCAAAGUUUGUAAAACUCUGAUACAAUACUAUGUAUCACAAUUACACUAUAAUAUAUUAAUUUGCUCUUAGUAGCAACACAUAAGUUUUAUAUGGUGUAAUGUUAACAAAUUAUUAUAUUUCAUUCAUGAUACAUAGACAUGAUGUUUUGACUCACAAUGUUUUAACUUUACAGUGGUGUGGAAGUAAUAUGCAGUCUUGGACAAACCACACUUUACGUGCCCAUACAACCAUUCUGUGUUUUACUUUGAGUAUAGUAUUCAAUAAAGAAAUUAUAUAUAGUUAACACUGUAUUAUAAAAUGGGCUGGACAGAUAAUUUUGCCCAACUGUAGGCUAGUGUAAGUAUUCCAUGCAUGUAUAAGGUAAGCUAGGCUAAACCAUAGGUUAGGUAUAUUAAAUGCAAUAUCUCCUUAAUAAUAUUUUCAGUGUACAAUGUGUAUACUGGGACACAAUCCCAUAGUAAGUGAGAAGCAUCUGUACUUGCUAUAACAUUUUUGAAGUGUAGUUCAUAAAAAAAUUUCUGAUUUUUUUGUGUGUGGCCUGACAUCCCUCUCAAUUCAUGGAAGCCAUAAUUUACCAUUUGAAAGAAAAUUAGUAACCAUGACAUGAGUUUUUAUGUUUCAGUAUUAUAAAAUGGAAGUGAAAUUCAAAUCCUAUAAACACAUAUGCUUAAAAGAUAUGAAAAGUUUUAUUCAAAGAACCAGUUUUCUAAGAGAUGUACAUCUCAUAGGCCAAUAGUUUAUACCCAGAACCUAAAUUCUAGGUCUGGUUUUGGAAUCAAGUAGAAAAAAUGUAAAACUACUACUUCUGUAAACCACAUCAAGUCCUUUUUGAACAAAAAGAAGUGUACAUUUUCAAACGUACCUGUUGCCCACUGACACACAAGGACCACAUUAGAUAUUUAGUGCUUUGCAAACACAGGACACAGAUUUCUUCCUGUAAGGAAGUUAAAACCUGGACAAAUCAGCUGGUAGCACAUUGUCUUUUGACUUUGAACCAUCCACUUUGUGUGCUAAGGUUAAAAAAGUAUGCUUGCCGUUCUAUAACCUUUACCAAAGGCUUUGUUUUCUAGUGGAUUUUUUUAUUGUGGUAAGAACACUUGAGAUCUAACUGCUUAAAAAUGUUUAGGUGUUCAAUACGAUAUUAAAUAUAGGCACAAUGUUGUAUGGAAGGUCUACGGAACUGACUUAUCUCUCAGAAUUGAAAGUUUGUGACCAUUUGAGCCACAACUGCCCCUAUUUCCCUUUUUCCUUUCCCUUGGCAACUACCAUUUUACUCUCUAUUUUCACAACUUUGAAUAUUUUAGAUGCUUCAUAUAAGUGGAAUCAUCUGCCUCUGUGCUCUUAUGCUGGCUUAUAUCACUAGAGGAGGUUUUAAGAGUGACCUCAUCAAAAGGAAAACUACUUUUUAGAAAUUUCUCUAAGUAGAACUUUAUAGAAAUUUCU